UACUAAAGCAUCCCGGUGGGUUUUCGCUAAAAGGAAAUUCCAAAAACAGUGUUGCGGUGAGUUGUGGCCGCAUUGAAUUAGUUUUUGAAGAAGUUCACUAAUUUAAUAUUGCUUUGGCCACGUUGAGUUCAGUUUGGAUACAAAUUGGGAAGGUAAAAGAAAAGCUUUCACAUGGAAGCAAGGGGCCAAUACGCAAAACAUUGUCCUGGCCGUAAGCAACAUUGCAAGUUUGGCUCGCAUGCAUGCUGAUGAAAGGUAAACAGUAUUGUAGAGCUGCCGAAUUAUUGUUGGCGCAAAAAAAAAAUUCUCUCAGCGCUGCGGCCAAGCAAUGUCGCGGCUGUUGUGGAAGUCUAACAGCUCUGUCGACAAAAGGAGUAGUGUGCGGCCAAGCAGCUCUAAUAAAAAGAAGAAAAAAAUUAUUAUUAUUAAAUAAUGCUCGCAGCGCUGGUGGAGGAAGAGAAUAAUAUAUAUAUAUAUAAAAAGAGCAUCACGGCGGCUAUGCAGGCCAGCUAAGGAGGAAAAAUAGGCCAAAAGACUACCGCCAAUUUUUGGUGGAUUGGUGGUCUAAUUUAAAACUAUUUUAGGUGUUGUGGAUUAUGUCAACAAUUUGGUUCAUAAUUCUUAUAAACCAAAUUGUGGGGGGCAUUGUUUACACCUAAAAUAUUUUUGGCCUAAAUUCAUGCCGUAAUAAUGAGUCUCGGCAUUUAAUUCGAUAUCGCAUGGCCAAAACGAUGUCGUUUGGUGUCGAGCAAUGCCGCGGAGAAUUUAAGCGAGACCACGAAGAGGCUCGGCGGUACCGCGGUACUUGAAACGACAUUGGUUGCAGACCAUGUGUGAGUCAUGCGCAGGACAUGUGUUGCUGUUGGACAAGGAAUGUUUUUUAUUUUAUUUUUCCUAGUCGGAGGAGGAGAGUAACAGCACCGUUUGGAGUCAAGCAAUGCUGCGAAGAGGUAAAACGGUGUCGCGAGCCUCAAAGCUCAACGGCAUCGCGAGACUGGGACACGGUGUCGUUUGGCUAAAAACGGCACCGCGACAAGUGGCAUAGCAGAUGAGUUAAAACGGUACCGCAAGGAAGCUCAGCGAUACCGCGGCACUGGAAACGACACUGAAAAUAAAAGGGGCCGCGCGUUUUAGUGUAGGUGUCGGGGAAGGAGUUUUUUCUGUUAAUAAUUAAUUAUUAUUUUAAUUCCUUGCUGGAAGGGGAAAAUCGGUACCGCAUGGAGAUAAGCGGUAUCGCGUAGAAUUAAAACGGUACCGCGAAUUUAAAAACGAUGCCGCGAGAGCCUGGUAAGCGGUACCGAUUAAUUAAACCAAGUUUCGCCUAGUCCAAUGCGAGCGCCGAUUGGCGGCGGUUCCAUGGAAUAUUUUUGGCUAUAUCAGCGGUGUCGUUUAAAUUAAAAACGGUACCGCGAGUAAGCUCAACGGUACCACUGUAUUAGCAAACGACAGUGUUUAAAUAUUUAAACAAUGUCGCGGAAAGAAAAACAAACGAAGUUGUUUGGAGAGGAAACGACACCACGGAGCUUGAAAACGAUAUCGCGCGAGGAAUCAGCAAUACCGCGGUGGUGGAUAAAGCCGCAAGCUAAACAACAUUGUGGUGGAGAGAGAUGUCGCGGUCGCGAAACUAGCGGCGUUGCUAGUGCGACAAUGCCGCGAAGUUCAAUGAUGCCGCAAGGCCAAAGAAACAUCGUGGAGUUCAACGAAGGCCAUCGACUUUGUGUGGUCAACGACGCCGAGAUAUCAACAAUCUAGCGGCGAGUACGCGGUAACGAGGGUGAAACAACAAUGUUGUUUAAAUCGAUGGCGGUAUCAGGAUUCGAACCAUGGUACAAAGUUGAUGUGUUUGCACGUGACUUUUUCGCAAAGCAGAAAGAGGAGAUCAAGGCAGUUGAAACACGUGGGAUUUCAGGACGGAGCAGUUGAGGAAGCAGUUCUACAGAGCGUGAAGACUACGAAGUUGGUUUUAGAUAAAAUCAACCCUGCAAGGAGAGAGAGAGAGAGGACGAACCAAAUCAACACAGAAACACAUCUGUCAAACUUUACCUUUUUUCUCUGUAACUCCUUCGCGGAGCUCUCCUUCCAGGAAGGAUCUCCAUAGUUGUAGUCUUAGUCGUAGUCGCGGAACUCUCCACAGGAAUCUCCAUAGGAGUAGCGGUAGCGUAGAUUCCUCAAAACUCAAACACCCUCGUUCGAACGUAGUUUGGAGAGGUGCGAACCGUAGUAACGGUCGUUCUUGGUUAGAAGUCAGAGGUGCAUCAAUCAAAUCAACACGGCCCGGCGGUGGAUAUUUGACGGUCACGUUGAUUUCACCAUUUAGAGGUGCAUCGGUCAAAUCAACGGCGCCGACAUUCGGCGGCGGAUAUUUGACGGUCGUCUCGAUUUCAGCAAUCAGCGGUGCAUUCGAUCAAACGACACCGCAAGAGUUUCCACCGCGAAACAUCAAAUUAACAUCGGCGGAAACGAAUUCGACACCGGUGGUGGCAUUUGGUUUACCCGAGGAAACAUCUUCACAAAGCCUUGGUCUUAUAAAAAUGAGCUUAGGGCAAUGAACCAGGCACGAGGAACCUAUUUAAGCCCAUAAAUGAUUCAUUUGAGCCGCAAAUAUGGGUAGCUUAUCCUAGGUUUUGAAAACCAUGGGGUUGAGCCAUGAAUACCUCCUCCUGUAGUGGGCCUUCUAAGAAAACAUUGUUCAUAUCAUAUUAGAAAAUUGGACAUUCCUGAGAGAAGGCCUAAGUGAAUAGCAGUCAAACAGUUACCGGUAUAACAACUGGACCGAAGGUAUCAUGAAAAUCAAUAAUUUAUCGCUGAUGAAAAUCCUUUGCCAACAAUCAGGCCUUAAAACGAUCAAUAGAACCAUUUGGACGGUGUUUAACACGAAAACCCAGCAACAUCCGACGAUAUUUUCAUGGCCCUGAAGGGGAACCAAUGUCCAUGUCCAAUUGUUUAGUAGAGCCUUGUACUCAGCUUUGAGAGCAGCGUCCCACUCUGGGAAUUGAAGAGCCUCUUUGGCAUACUUGGGUUCCAGAGGGGGUGCAUUAGUGGCUUGAUCCAGGAACAAAUUUUUUACUUGAAAAUUUGGUUUCGAUAUAUGGUAACUAUUGUGCGCCGGUGGGUUAAGGAUGGUGUAGGAGGAGAAGGCCAUUUGGUUGAUUUUGCUAUUGUAAAGGAUAUAACCUUGUGGACAUAUCUUCAGAGAAGGACGAACCAUUGUAGAUGCUUCGGUUGAAUUGACGGUCGUUGGGAGUGCGCCAGUGGGGAUUGGAUUCAUAGGGAGAAGCCCAAUGGAUGGAGUAUUCAUCUGGAGCCAUGACUUGGAUGUAUGAGCCAUUUAGGGGUGGAAAUUGGGGUGGGUGUAGUUACCCGCCCUACAUUCCCACACCCACAAAUUUACAAUUAUGCUACCUACAACCCGCACCGCAGUGGUUAGUGAGUAACCACUACCCACUGUGGGUUUGUGCCGAUUGGGUGUGGUUAUCCGCAAAAAAACCAUCUUUGCAAGUAUAGAGUUCUAGUCGCCACUAAUGUAUUUGUUAUUCGUAACUAGAUUAUAGUGAUAUACACUUGUGCUGUUCAUAGAGAUACAAUUUUGUACAUCGAUCUUACUCAACGUGGAGAUUUUUUCUUUUUGAGUUUGGUAUUCAACUUUUGUGUUAGAGAGCUGUGAUUUCAUAUUUCCCUGACUAGGGGUGAAAUAUGACAAUUAUAUAUGAUCUUGUAUUUUUUUCACACAAAAUCAAAAACAUACUGAUAA